GCGCUAUGACAUCGAAGAAAUCCAGCGAGGCAAAGGAAAUACUUCCCGUGAUGUUUGGUGUGUGAUGUGAUGAAUGCAUAGCUAGCUACAACUUACUUAAUGAACUAAUGGGUUAAAAUUCAUCAUUCACAGAUAUUCGUAAGGACCCGAGAUCACAAAUAUGGGAAGCUUUAAAGCCAAGAUUCGAGGGAUUUUAUAUCCUCCAGGAGUGACUGUUUUGGAUGCGAAAAUGGCAACAGCUUUGUUUCUUAUCCUGUUCUCGACUCAGCUCACCCUCACUUCUCCAUUCUCGUAUUUGCCUGCAAUGGUUCAUAGUUUUGGUUAUAAAGAUAGGGAUAGAGGUUAUUAUGCUGGCAUGAUUGCAUCAUCUUUAUUUAUUGGUCGUUUUUUUGGAGGAUACUUUUGGGGAUGGUUAACUGACAAGAUAGGCAGACGACCUGUUUUAUUGAUAUCUGCCUCAUUGACUUACGCUGCUACUAUUGCAUUUGGCUUUACAACAACUUUUUAUUGGGCAGUGUGUACACGGUUUCUUCAAGGUUUAUUCAAUGGAGUCAUUGUUUGUGGAAGAGCAGCUUUUGCUGAAAUCUGUGAUGAAACAAAUCAAGCUAUCGGAGUAUCACUUGUUUUUGCUGCAUGGAAUUCUGCUAUUGUUAUUGGUCCUGCACUUGGGGGAUUUUUAGCUGAGCCUGUCAUGAAAUAUCCUUCAGCUUUUACUGUCGUCAGUGCAUCAUUCUUCACUAAAUUUGCAUACUUGUUACCCAGCAUUUUGAUUGCUUCAAUUUUGCUUUUUGCCAUCUUACUGGUCUAUUUCACGUUUGAAGAAACACAGAAGGGGAGAUAUGAUGCCUCUCAACCAACUGAAAAAACAAAGCUUAUAUCCAAUGACAACGAGGAAGAAACAUUUCAUGUGAUUUCUGACACUCCAUCUGUGAUAAAGAGUGACGAAGCUGCUGGAAUUCAAGAUGAAGAUAAACCUGGUAAUUCUAAGGGGGAGAGCGAAAAAGAUUCUAAAGUGAAGAGAUGCUGUGGUGAAAUAAAGUCAUGGUCAAUUAUUGGAUUACUAAGUGAUAAAGUUUUGAUGUUGGUGAUAAUUAUGUUUGGCAUAUCUGGAUUCUGCAUCAUCGGAUUUUCUGAACUGGGCUCCUUAUGGAUGGCAACGAAUAUAAAAUAUGGUGGUUUGACGUUUUCUACUGACAAGAUUGGUAUUGCUUUGCUCAUACCUGCAUUGGGAGCUGUUGUGUUGCAGCCAAUCCUCUUUAGUCGGCUUGAAAGACGACUUGGAGGAAUAUGGACUCUUCGAAUCACAUUAGUAGUUCUGGCUGUGUGUUCCAUUUUUUUCCCAUUUUUGCACUAUUCUCAAGACAACAAAGCUUUACUUUGGUUUCUCUUAAUCAUAUUUGGGGUUUUUCGCAUGGUAUCUGACAUCAGUAGCCGCUCAUGUAUUGCUUUAUUUGUCAACAACGCUGUCUACGUGGACCAAGCUGGCAGGGCAAACGGAUUAGCUUUCUCUGUUCAGGAAAUAAUGAGAGUUGCUUCGCCUACCUUGUUUGGUAGCUUGUUUGCUUGGUCUAUCAACGAUGAAAAGCACGACAUAAAAUUCCCGCUUGAUUUCCGUUUACCGUUUUUUAUAAUUGGACUUUUUAUAUUGUUAAUAUUUGCGCUAAGCUUUUUGCUUCCUGAACGUAUAAAUGGCAGCAAAGCUAUGUCAGAUAAAUUACAGAAUGGAGUAGAAAAAUAAAUAAAUAAUUCAUGUCGUAUAUGUACUUAGUGUUUUUUGUACGUUUAUUUGACUUAGUCUCGCUUUCAGCGCCUUGUAACGCAAAAUAAACAAAGUUAACUGGAAGAGAGGCUCUGUCCAUUCCUUUUUAUUGGGAUAGACGAUUUAUUUAAGCACUUUUUUUGUAUCGCAGAUAAUAUUUAAUUUGGAGGAAGUUUACCUUUUUAACAUCACGUUUUGUAUUUCUCAACAAACAAACAAAAAAACAAUUAUAUCUAUUUAUCUUCCACUCUAAAAUUUUUUACUAGUAGUGACAGCUUUUUUCCAUACUGCUGAAACACAAUUUUUAUAAUUUUUUAUCGUUCAUUUUUGUCGGGAAUGAUGUUUUUGUGAAUAUUUAUACACAUUUUGAUAGACGUUUAUAAUUUAAUUGUACUGUAUAUUAUGUUCUGUUGGUUUAACAUAUUUUUACAUUGCUAGUUGGGUUUUUGACAAUUCAGUUAAAUUUAUUAGCCAUGUUUUUUUAUGAUAACAAACAAUAUUUGCACUAUGCGAACUCUCUUUUUUGUCCUUUGGAUUUGAUAAAUUGAAAAUCAGCUGUAUUUUUCUACAUUUUAUAAAUUUGCUUUUUUUUAUAACAGAAGUGAACGUAAGUUGUUUGGUAAAGGUCAUGCACCUACGCACCAAUGCUACUAUUUUUCCUUACCGAAAUAUAUGUCAGGCUGCAA